AUGAAGUGUUUAUUUUUGGUUAUUUUCUGUUUAUUUACACUGUACAAUUCACUGGUUUACCCAGUUAGCAAUGGUUUCAGUUAUAAUCGUGGUAUCACUGUUAUAUCUCUGGUGAAACUUAAAACUCUUCCUGGAUCUGAAGGUCCUGAAUCACCUUCGGAAAACGAUGUUGGUACAGAAGAAAGAACACCUUUAGAAGGGGAAGAUCCAGAAUCUAAUGAAGGUUCGGAAUCUAAUGAAGGUUCAGAAUCUAGUGAAAGUUCAGAACCUAACUUGACUACUCAAACAAGUCUUACUACUGCAGAUCCUUCGUCUUCUCUUAAAUCUCCACCUGAACUUGAAAGUCUUUCGUCGAAGCCUCCACUACCAGGAACCGGAUCAAAAGGAUCAUUAGGAACAAGUCCAUCAGGAACAAGGCCAUUAGGAACAACAAGACCAUCAGUAACAACGAAACCAUCAGUAACAACAAGGCCAGCAGGAACAACAAAACCAUUAGGAACAACAAGGCCAUCAGGAACAACAAGGCCAGCAGGAACAACAAAACCAUUAGGAACAACAAGGCCAUCAGGAACAACAAAACCAUUAGGAACAACAAGGCCAUCAGGAACAACAAGGCCAGCAGGAACAACAAAACCAUCAGUAGCAACAAGGCCAUCAGGAACAACAAAACCAUUAGGAACAGAAUCAACGAAACCAUCAGGACCUGGGUCAACAAAAACAACAGGAUCUGGAUCAACAAGAUCAUCGGGAACAGGUCCAACAAGAUCAACAGGAUCUGGAUUAACAAGAUCAACAGGACUUAGUUCAUCAAGACUAUCAGGAGUUGGAUUAACAAGACCAACAGGAGCAGGUCCAUCAAGACCAGCUGGACCUGGAUUAACAAGAUCAUCAGGACUUGGACCAGCAGGAUCAACAGGAUCUGGAUCAACAAGAUCAUCGGGAACAGGUCCAACAAGAUCAACAGGAGCAGGUCCAACAAAAUCAACAGGAACAGGUCCAACAAGAUCAACAGGACUUGGAUUAUCAAGAACAACAGGAACAGGACCAACAGGAUCUGGAUCGACAAGACCAGCAGGACUUGGAUUAACAAGAACAACAGGAACAGGCCCAACAAAGCCAUCACAUUCUCCAGGGAGUGCCCUUGGAGAUCCUGCGACUAGACCUAAAUCCAAAACUUUUAAAGUUCCUUCACUUGCUUUAGGGCCAAAACAAACUGGAACUCACUCGAGAUCUAGAAGUAGAUCCAGAAGUAGAGGAAGAUCCAGAAGUCGUUCCCCUUCAAAAUCUAAAGAACCAGAAUGUGGAAAUGAAACAGGAAGUGGAAGUAGCUCAGCUCCAGGCAGUUCAAGAAAGGGUUAUGGAGGUGGAAGCGAUAAAGACCCAAGCAAACCAAAAGGAGCUUCUGGGCCAUCGAAAUUUGGUAAAACUUUAGAAUCAUCAGAUUCUGAUGGUUCUGAGGACUCUGAUGAUUCUGAUGAUUCUGAUAGUGAUUGUGAAUUUGAAUCUUCAGUUAAAGAAGCGCAGGCGAUAUCCGUCUCAAAACUUUGUAAAGAACUCAUUAAAUCUGUUACUGGUUCCGGACAUUCUCUUAAUUUUGAGGCUCGUAAAGAAUCUGCAAUAACUCGUAUUAACAAUCUUUUCAGCAAAUUCCGCUAUGUUCUUCAAGCUCUAGAACAAAAAUUAAAAGAAGUGGAAAAGAAGAUGGCAAAACUUGGAUGUAAUGAUCCAAAUAUUGAAAAUGAUCCAAAUUGCAAAGACAUAUGUACAGAAUUGGCUGAAAAAGCUGCGAAUCUAAGGUCCCUUAUACUUUUAUUAAAGAAGAAAAUUAGGAAGUUAACGAAAUGUCUUUCAAAAAUUAAUGAUCUUCAUGAAGAGGGAGCGCCGCUUAAACCUAAGAAACGUGGGCCUAAAAGGUCAAAAUCUGACUUGGGAGAAAGAGCUCGUAGAGGUGAUCAAUCCAGUUCAGAAGACUCUGCUGGUGAGGGAACUUCAAGCAAAGGAACUCAUCGGAGACUUAAGAGAGGAGCAAGACCAUUAACCCUAGGUUCUCUUGAUGAAUCAACACUUGGAGCGGUUGGAGGUGCACCUUUAGAACAGGGAUUAAAAUCUCAAGGUUCCAGUUCUACAUCAAGUCUUGACUCUAAUUCAAGUGGUAGUAGCCAAAGCAGUGGAAGCAGCUCUUCAUCAUCUAGUUCAGUGUUUUUGUUUAAUGGUAAGCCGAUUACACAAGAACUCAUUGAAAAAGAAGUAGGUAUAACCAAAGAAGAGUGUAAUGCCUUGAUAUUUUUCCUUUUAAUGAACAAGAGUCGUUUUGAUGAAUCUGAUCUGUUUUCUGUGGAAGCUACUCGAUAUGUGGGAGUACACUCUGGUAUGAGAGGUUUACUCAAUUCUUCUUUAAGUAGAAUUCAAAAAUACAAGGGCUUAACAUCUGGAUUACCUCCAAUUGAUCAAUGUGAUGAAAAAGAUAGAAAGAACCAUGGUUUUUAUUCUAGUGCGAUCAAUGCUCUUGAACUUAAAGUUAAAAUGUACACUCAAAAGCUUUCAGUUAUAGAAGAAUGUAUUCUUCAAAUUUUAGAUAUUCUUAGAGCAAUGGGUCGUGAGGACUUACUCCGUUAUUUCAACCCUUCUCUUGAACUUAUGUCUCAAGCUCAAUCUGACUCUGAAGGUGAAUCUACAGGCCCAGAUGAUGGAAAUGAAGAUGAGAAUGAAGAUGGAAAUGAAGAUGGAAAUGAAGAUGAGGAUGAAAAUGGCGAAAAAUUUGAUCUUGAAGACAUAACUGAAGAAGAAAGCUAA